CCUUUGAAUGAGCCAAUGGCGGCUCCUCGCCGCCGCCCGCCGCUCCCCGCCGCCGCCCGGCAGGCUCUGCUGAUGGAGAACAGCAAGCUCAACCCCAUCAUCCGCGAUGUCUACGCGGCCGCUGGCCGUGUCCAGCAAGCGCCGGCCGCCACCGCCGCGCGGAGGGGGGGCAGCUGCAGGGAGCUCAUGGUCAAGCUGACGGAGGGGCAGUACGUGCUGUGCCGCUGGACCGAUGGGCUCUACUACCUCGGGAAGAUCAAAAGGGUGAGCGGCUCCAAGCAGAGCUGCCUCGUGACGUUUGAGGACAACUCCAAGUACUGGGUCCUCUGGAAGGACAUCCAGCAUGCCGGCGUCCCCGGGGAGGAGCCCAAGUGCAACGUCUGCCUGGGGAAGACAUCGGGGCCUAGGAACGAAAUCCUCAUCUGCGGGAAGUGCGGGCUGGGUUACCACCAGCAGUGCCACGUCCCGGUGGCGAGCGGCGGCGAGGGCCCACUGGGGACACCGUGGUUCUGUCGCCGCUGUAUAUUCGCCCUGGCCGUGCGGAAGGGGGGUGCCCUGAAGAAGGGAGCCAUCGCCAAGACGCUGCAAGCCGUUAAGAUGGUGCUGUCCUACAACCCCGACCUGCUGGAGUGGGACUCCCCGCACCGGACCAACCAGCAGCAGUGCUACUGCUACUGCGGGGGCCCCGGCGAGUGGUACCUGAAGAUGCUGCAGUGCUACCGCUGCCGGCAGUGGUUCCACGAAGCCUGCACCCAGUGCCUCAGUGACCCCAUGAUGUUCGGAGACCGGUUCUAUGUGUUUUUCUGCUCGGUGUGCAACCAGGGACCUGAAUACAUCAAGCGCCUGCCCUUGAGAUGGGUGGACGUCGUCCAUCUCGCCCUCUACAAUCUGGGUGUGCAGAGCAAGAAGAAGUACUUCGACUUCGAGGAGAUCCUGGCCUUCGUCAACCACCACUGGGACCCUCUGCAGCUUGGAAAGCUCACCGGCACCCCCGUGUCCGAGCGAGGCCCCCACCUGCUCAACGCCCUCAACAGCUACAAGAGCAGGUUUCUCUGCGGGAAAGAAAUCAAAAAGAAGAAAUGCAUCUUUCGCCUGCGAAUCCGCGUCCCGCCGAACCCCCCCAGCAAGGUGCUGCCAGAGAAAGCCCCGGGCACGAGCGAGAGCGGCUCCUGCGAGCUGAAGAAGAAAGGAAAGGGCAAAUACGUCCACAAAGAGAGCCUGCUGCCGCGGCAGCUCCAGCAGCAGAAGCGGCGAGCGGCGCGGCGGAAGCGGGCCAAGUUCCUGCUGGAGGACGCCAUCCCCAGCAGUGACUUCACCUCCGCCUGGAGCACGAACCAUCACCUGGCCAGCAUCUUCGACUUCACACUGGAUGAAAUUCAGAGCCUGAAGAGCGCCAGCUCGGGACAGACCUUCCUUUCGGAUGUGGACUCCACGGACGCCGCCAGCACCUCAGGCUCUGCCACCACCAGCCUCUCCUACGAGUCCAGCCGGAGGACAGUGGGCAGCCGCAAACGCAAGCUGGCCGUGCCGGCCUACGCCUCAGCGGGGGCGAAGCGUCGAGGCGGGGAAGCGGGCGGGCGCCCAGCCGGGGGCACCCCUGAAGGCAGCGAGGCGGCCUGCGGCCCCGAGCGGCCGGACGAUGGCAUCGACAGCCACACCUUCGAGAGCAUCAGCGAGGACGACUCCUCGCUCUCGCACCUCAAGUCGUCCAUCAGCAGCUACUUCGGGGCGGCGGGCCGGCUGGUCUGCGGGGAGAAGUACCAGGUGCUGGCGCGGCGGGUGACGCUGGAGGGCAAGGUCCAGUACCUGGUGGAAUGGGAAGGCACGACCCCCUACUGAGCCCCCCUGGCCCUGAUUCCUCUCCUGGAGCGAACGUUGGAGGUGUGGGGCAUGGUGAAACCCCUGGUGCACUGCAGAGGAGGCGGCACUGGCACCACCAUGGCCGGGGUGGGCUCAGAGCCCCCCGUGUUUGGGGUCCCGGCUGCCUGGAGCCAUGAGGGGUGCAGGCAGCGUCCAAACCUGCCCCCGUGCUGUGGGGUGAAACCUGCAGCCUUUUUAUUGUAUUUCAUUGACAAUUUUUACUUUAUUGGCCGUUUAUACGCGAAGAGAGACGCUUUCCUGCUUCAGCCUCUGGCCAAGCCAGAGGCACCGCUGCAGCGGCAGGGGAGCGGUGAGCGGCUCUGGUCUUUCCUGGCACAGGGGUGCUGCCCCGGGGCUGUCUGUCAUGCAGGCAGGCUUCUUGGGCCUCCCAGUGCAUCCCAGUGUUGCCACAUCCAUGCCUUAAACAGCAGCUUGGAGGGGGUCUGGGUGCCAAGCACCAGCCACCUCCACUGUCAUGCUGAGGAGCCCGACGGCCUGUCUCUGCGCCCCCGGGAAAUGGUGGGUGACUCUUGUGGCAGCUGUUGCUUGGGGUUUUCCUUCUCAUCGUGAAUCCAUUCGUUUGAGGAAUGCGGUUUGUUCUAAUUGAGGGGAAGGUGCCUUGUGUCUGCACAUGCAGAUGUGUGUGGCGGCCCUCAUCCUGCGGCUCGCACCCUGCCUGACAAUCACGUUUUGGAACUGAUCAGCCAAAACACACGCGCUUGCCUUAAACCACAGCAGGCACUGCCCGGACUGGAGCCCGAGGCCUUUAUUGCUGCAGGAAACCCUGUCCUGCAGGUGCCAAACCAGCAGCCAAACCAAAAAGGCAGAAGAGAAGAGGAGGGGAGGCAGCACCGGGGCACUCCCCCCACACGCUGUUACUGGUGUGGGGUCGGUUCUUGCAACGUGGGUCUCUACUGACAGAGAAUGAGCACCCCCUUCUUGUCUAAAGCAAUACUGUCAUAUUCAGGAGCAAACUGUUGUCUUUUUUUAAAAAAAUCUAAUAUCAGACAUACCUGUUAGAUUUUUUCUAAGAUAUUUUUAUGUGUAUUUAAUGUUGCUCUCCUCUCUCCCCCACCACCACUGUGUCUGCCCCACGGUGUGGGUGAGCCGUGUGGUCCUGCUCUGUCUGCACGCCCUGUCCUUGUAGCAUCAUUGUUUGUAUGUGUGCUUUUGUGAUCUGCCAGCCGGAGGAUGAAUCAAAAAGGUUGUUUUAUUGAAGAAGUGUUACUUAAACUGCUCGCCAUGUGGCCGGGUGGUGCACUGUAAAGAUGCAGAGUGAGGUGAGGCAUGGGGUGUGAGGUGUCCUGCUGCUUCACCUCCAGUAAAGGCAAAAAUCCACCGGUGUGACCAGCACUGGAGAGCAGGUGAUGUUUGCAAACCAGAGGCCAAAGCAUAGUCCUGGAAAAUGGAUGGCUGCUUCAGCUACUGCCACAGCAAGGUGGUGCGGGAGGCUGGUGGUUCGAUGGGGAGGUGCCCGCAGGGCUCAGGCCAGGCGUGAGCUGCUUCAGCAGCUGUGCUCUGAGCCUGAAUACUCAGCACAGCAAGUAAAAGCCUUUUAAUUCCCUUCUGAUGAGUUACCUGGCAUUCUGCUUGGUGGAGAAGCUGCUGGUGCAGCGUGUGGCUGGGACACGAGGCUCUGCCCAGCUCCAGCCACAGGACGGUUUGAGCCGAGCAGGGUCAGGUGAGCUUGGGGAGAGGCUGCUGGCACCAUCGAGGUCUGCAUUCCAGCUCUCUGGGCUGGGAUAUGCUUCUGGGGAGCCCCUCGUCUUGAGAGGCAUCACUGCUAAGCCCCCCAUGCCUGGCAGGGAUGGUGCAGCUCAGCCGGGUCCCUCCCCAUCCUGCCAGCGUUGGUUGCCAGAGGAGCACUUACAGUAUUUCCCUUUCACGAGUGCCUAUGAAGCCCUUAUUCUUGUCCGAAUUGCUGCCCUGGGGAGGGGCUGGGGGCUGCCAAGAGCCAUCCCAAGGCCAAGCAGGUUUAUUCCCAUGGGAUGUGCCAAGGGGACAUUGCACACAUGGGUGCACCCAUGCUGUAGUGGCCCCAGCUCAGCAGCUCCUCCUUUCCCUCUCCUCUCGCAGAGAACUGAAUGUGGAGCCUUUAAAAAUAUUUUUGUUCCAGAAUAUAUUUUGCAUUAGUUGUAAUAGAUAUUAUAAUGACUCUGUGCACCUUCUAAAGAUUUAUGAUUUCAGGUUGCUGCUUGUAAUAACCAACUCUUGUUAUAUCCAAGUUGUAAUUAAUAUGUCUGAUGUACAAUUAAAAAGUCUUUUUUUUAACAUCA